UCUAAUAACAGAUUUUUUAUACAUGAGACCACAACAGCUCUGCAUCCUGUCAGACAACAUUUUCCUCAUUAAGACAGAACUGUAUGUCUAGUACAAUCCGUCACUGAUGUUUGUCGCAUUUGUUGUUUCAGGCUCCUCCCCAUGAACUUUGGAAAGACUUUUUUUAUCUAUCCAUUUUCCACAGUCCUUCUCACCUCAGCCAUAGACAAGACAUCAUACAAAUAUGUUGUUUGGUGCCUGGAUCAUAUUGUUCCCUCUCCUGUUGGGGGCGAGAGCGUUCAUGAUCCACAACACCCAGAGCAGCCUGUGUCUGGCGGAAUCUUCAGCUACGGGGGAAGUCCUGCUGAAAAAGUGCAAUGUGGACUCAGAGUCUCAGCAGUGGAUCUGGAUUGAUCGGAGCAAGCUGAUGUGUGUUGGAUCGUCCAGAUGUUUGUCGGCCCUGCAGAGUCAACUUCUCGGUACUCGGCCCUGCUUGGGAUCAGAGGUAGAUGCAACAGGAUUAUUGUGGGACUGUGACAGAGGCAGACUGGUCAGCAGGAACACAUCAACGCUGCUGUCAGCAGAUGGCUGGCGUCUGGUUCUCACCCACGACAGCAAACUCUCCAAGUGGAAAUCUCUGGAUGUAGGAGACAUCUGCCAGGAGAAGCUCAGAUCCAAGAGGGCAUCUGAUGAUCUAGAAGAGUUUGAGGCUACAGAGCAGCAGACAGGCAAAGCGGCGGCCAUGACGGACGAACAGAGAGAAUACUUCCGCUGGUAUUAUCGCACUGAGGACCCAACCACAUGGACUUUUGUGCUGCUGGGACUGGCCUUUGUCUGCCUUCUUAUUGGUUUUCUGCUCCUGGGAAUGGGAACCAUGGCCAGCAAGAAUAGAAAGAAGAUUGCAAUGUACAAGGCAGCUGCUGCUGUUUCUGUUAAAGGUGAGGCGCUGCGGAUCAUUUCAGUGCUCAGAGAUGACAGCAGCAAACCAUCACUUGAAAGGCUGAUGACGGGAAACAACGGGGAAGUGAGCGAGCUCAAAGCAGGAAACAUCAUGGUCACAUGGAAAGACGGCAACACAUCCUGCCUGUACUCAGAUCCCACAGCAGAUGAGGAUAAACAGGAGGAGGAUCAGGGCGAGAAAAAGGAGGAGAAACAGGAGGAGGAUCAGGGCGAGAAAAAGGAGGAGGAUCAGGGCGAGAAAAAGGAGGAGAAACAGGAGGAGGAUCAGGGCGAGAAAAAGGAGGAGAAACAGGAGGAGGAUCAGGAAGAGAAAAAGGAGGAGAAACAGGAGGAGGAUCAGGAAGAGAAACAGGAGGAGCUGUCCGCUGAUGAGGCAGAGAAGACCAUGGAGUGAAUAAUGUCCUCCUGUAACGAGCAGGACAGAAGCAGAAGCACUUGCCUCUCAUAUGUUUUAACCCUUCAUCACCCACUGCUCCGCCUCAUGUUGCUAACAGCAUGUACAACUUUGAUUGACUGCUUUGAAGUUACAAAGCAUUAGGUUUAGACUCCCGACACUCAACAUAUUAAAUCAAUCCCUGAACCCCUGACGUUAUGACCACAUGUACUGUCGGAUGGAUUCAAAACAAUCCAAAAAUUUGAAUGUUGGCAUAAUGUUAAAAGAGAUGUACCAUGCGUUUUCACUCAUGAAUUAACUAAAAUAUUACAUGAUAUUUGAAGAAAAUAAAGAUUCAGCAAUAUUAAAUGAUUAAAAUGAUUUCCUAUUCAUGACAUGCCAGCCUUCCUCAAGGGGUAGAUUCUACCCCCAACGGUAGCUGACUAUGGUGCUGGAAUUGUAGGUUUGGUCUACCUAUAGGUCUACCUAUAUAUAUUUAUAAGUCGAUUUUUACACAAAAUAGCAACAUGAAUUGAAUGAAAUGAAAAAAAAAUGAAAAAAAACGUGUGAAAUUUUUUUUUGUAACAAACCCACAUGUUUAAUAAAUAAAUGCAUUUGAGCUCCUCUUUUCACGUACACACAAGCCAGCAUUAGCCUGGUUUGUGCAGCUAACGUCAGCCCACAGCUAACUUCAUUCAUUCAGCAACAUUCAUAUAAAUAUGCUAAAUUGGAUGAAGUCGGGAAACUGUCAGGGGGACAUCUGCAACCAUCAGUCAUGAGAGGAGAUGGACGGAGAGAGGGAAGAAUCGGGUUGUGAUUUGUAACUUUACAUUUUUAAUUUUAAUUAAUGUAACUGCUAUGUAUGGUAAUUGUAAAUUAAAUAUGAUGCAAUCUGCCUCUGAGCCUG